AUGGUGGUUCUGGGGUUAAUUAAUACUGCCCUAAUCGUCCCCCCUCUGCUCUUUUCUAGAUUCUUGCCUGGAAGGGGGCUUGUGAUCUAUCCAGAAAUCGGGGACAAGCUGGACAUCAUCUGUCCCAAGGCGGAGCCUUCUAGACCGUAUGAGUACUACAAGCUGUACCUGGUGAAGCGGAGCCAGGCAGAUUCCUGCAGCACCGUCAUGGACCCGAAUGUGCUGGUGACCUGCAACAAGCCUGAGCAGGAGAUCCGUUUUACCAUCAAGUUCCAGGAGUUCAGCCCCAACUACAUGGGCCUGGAGUUCAAAAGGCAUCAGGAUUACUUCAUCACGUCCACUUCCAAUGGGUCUUUGGAAGGUUUGGAGAACAGAGAAGGUGGGGUCUGCCAAACACGGUUCAUGAAGAUCAUCAUGAAAGUGGCACAAGAUCCCAACGCUGUGAUGCCAGAGCAGCUGACGACCAGCCGGCCUAGCAGGGAAUCUGACAAUAGUGUGAAAAUGGCCACACGGAGUCCGCGCCACAGAUUCCCACCUGCUGCGGAGGACCCUGGGAAGCCAGAUCCCGUUAACCAAGAUGGCCAAAAUACUCAGAGCCCCACAGGUGGACUCUUCAGCUCCAAAGUGGCGGUGUUUGCGGCCAUUGGUGCCGGCUGCGUGGUCUUUGUCCUCAUCAUCAUCUUCUUGGUGGUCCUCCUGAUCAAGAUCCGCAAGCGGCACCGGAAGCACACCCAGCAGCGCGCAGCAGCCUUGUCCCUCAGCACCCUCGCCAGCCCCAAGUGCAGCGGCAACGCCGGGUCUGAGCCUAGUGACAUCAUCAUCCCCUUACGGACUACAGAGAACAAUUAUUGCCCUCACUACGAGAAAGUGAGCGGGGACUACGGCCACCCUGUCUACAUUGUCCAGGAAAUGCCUCCUCAGAGCCCAGCCAACAUUUACUACAAGGUUUGAGGAGCCAACAGAAGAGCACUUAAAACCAGAGGGACCGGGGGGGGGGGGGACAACCCCUCCCCGCGUGGUGUGCUUGCACUGAAGAGCCGCCUCGUACGGGAUCCAGGCAAGGGCCUGGGCAGGCACUCCUCUCUCUCCUUUAGCAUUUAGCUUUGUAGUUUGGAGCGGGGGCAGUCCCAGGACUCCGGUGGGGGCGGGGCAGGGGGAGCCUGGCCAGCAUCCUUCUCCGAGCUCCAAGGUAGCCCCACAGCAAGUUCAGUGGCCCACGGCUCGGGCUCUGUGCCUUUCAUCACCUUAACCAUGUGUGACGGUCUCCAAGAACUCCCCUCCCAGCUUUUCAAGCCCCUGUUUUUAUUACGUUAUGUAUUGGGGGGGGGAAGGGGGGCCCCCAGGGCCUGGAGUUCUGCAGCACUGGGGAAAUCUGCCUGGCAUUGGUAUAAGAUGAAAGAUGGGAAUCCUCACAGGGAGGAGACUUGUCUGGCCCCAACUUUGUACUAUUAUAAUUAUUUUAAAUAUUUUUGUACCUUUUUAAAACACUUUGUGAAAUGUCGGAACUCUAAGCCUUUGAGCCUGAGCCUCUUUGUCUCAUCUUUCUGC